AUGCCGACAAGGCCCUGCGGUAGUGUGCCAUCGGAACAGGACAGCGGCGCAAAGAUGGAAUUGCCUUUGGAUAAUGAGCAACUUACCAGACCAUCCUAUAUUACUAGUGUUGAGCUGCCUCAACGAACAGGACUAGUAAGUGUGGAAGAUAUUAAAGCAGAUCUCUCUGCUGACUUUUCUUCAGUUUCUUCAAGCUCAGACACAAGCCAGGGGAGCAGUUUGGAGUCCAAGGGACACAUACAAGUUUGCCUGCGUAUUAGGCCAUUUACAUCGUUGGAAAGAGAAAAUGAAUUGCAGGACUGUGUUUCACUUGAAGAUUCAACAAGCAUCAUACUGAAGGCACCUAAAAACUCUUGGAAUCGACUAAGUGAAAAAACUGCUGGACAGAUGAUACAGAAGUUCACUUUUUCACGAGUGUUUGGACCUGAAACAACUCAAAAAGAAUUCUUCGAAGGUACCAUGAAGCAACUAGUACAAGAUUUCUUAGAUGGAUAUAAUCGUCUGAUUUUUACAUACGGCUCAACAAAUGCUGGGAAAACCUACACAUUUCAAGGGACAGAAGAUGAUGUUGGUAUUCUGCCAAGGGCUAUGGAUAUGUUGUUUAAAAGUACUCAAGGAAAGCUAUACACAGCAAUGGAUUUCAAACCCCACCGGUGUAGAGAUUACAUAAAGCUGACUAAAGACCAAGUGAGAGAAGAAACUGCUAUUAAAAAUUCAAUACUUCGCCUGACAAAAGAGGACAAAUGUUCUUUUAGAAUGCUGCUGUAAUAUCAAUUUUCACUUACUAAUUGUUUUUAAAUUGAGUUUACUAGGCCUGUAUUGACUUGUAAUAUCUUGUACUUGGCAGGUUUUGAAGAACUCUUAAAAGACUCAGAACAAUCUAGCACAAAUGUGAAAAAUUACAUGAAGUUUUCUGUUUGGGUUUCAUUUUUUGAGAUUUACAAUGAAUGUUUUUAUGAUCUACUGAUUCCUAUAUCAAACGACAAGAAAAGAAAAACACUACGCCUUGCUCAAGACAUCAAGGGAUGUUCUUAUGUGAAAGAUCUGCAGUGGGUUCAGAUUUCUGAUUCUAAAGAAGCUUUUAGACUUCUGAAAGCGGGGUUGAAACAGCAGAGUAUUGCAAGCACGAAACUAAAUACUUGCUCCAGCAGAAGUCAUAGCAUAUUCACAGUUAAAAUACUAACAAUUGAAGAUUCAGGAGCUCUACGAGUGACCAGAGUCAAUGAAUUGUUGAUUUGUGAUCUUGCUGGUUCAGAAAGAAAUACCAAGACACGCAAUGAAGGUGAUAGGUUGAAAGAGAGUGGAAAUAUAAACACUUCUCUCCUUACUCUAGGCAAGUGUAUUAAUGCACUCAAGCACUGUCAACAGUCAAAGUUGCAGCAGCACAUACCCUUUCGGGAAAGUAAGUUAACUCAUUUUCUUCAAGGAUUCUUCAGUGGAAAGGGAAAAAUAUACAUGAUAGUCAACAUAAGCCAGUGUGCUUCACUGUAUGAUGAAACACUCAAUGUUCUAAAGUUCUCGGCCAUUGCACAAAAAGUUUUAGUUAUGGAUGCAUCUAUUCUUCCCCAAGAUCAGUCAUUUGGCCAUAAAUCAGCAAAAGAAGCAUCACUGAUUAAUGAUGCUAAAAUGCCAAUUCCAAGGAAAAGAGCUACUAUCUUAUGGGACAGGAGCUUAGAAGAUGUGAUUGAAGAUGAUGACGAUGAGAUGGAGGAAGAGCAUAAUAUGUCAAGAGAAGAAACAGUGCAGAACCUAGAAGAAAAAGUUGUUAUUGGCAAAGAAGGAUAUAUGGUGCUGCUGAAUCUCAUAGAAGAGCUGAAGAACAAACUUAUUACUGAAAAGAAGGAUAAGUUAAUGCUGGAACUAAAAAUUCGUGAAGAAGUGACACAAGAAUUUGCCCAAUACUUUGCUGAGCGGGAAAUAGAUUUCAAAGAAUGCCUUUCUCAAGAACGAGAGCGGCUUGAAGAAAAUUCGGAAAGACGCCUGGAAAUCUUCAAGGAACUUGUAAAUAGUUCUACUAAAAAUGUAGAUGAAGAAAAGAAAUUAAAGGAUCGGCCUUGCAGUGAACAAGCUGGACUUCCGGAUGAAGAAUAUGGCCUAGGGCCAGGCAUGCACAUUGGUCUUGAGGGCAUUAUUGAUUCUUUGCAGAAUGAUGUCACUGAUAUCAAAAAGCAGGCAGAAGAAGCAUACCAAUACAUUGUGUCCCUGGGGGAUCCACAGGAAGUUGUAAGUUGGCUUGAAAAAGAACUGGGGAAGGUUACCAUUGAACUAACUAAGACCAAAGAAGACCUGACAAAGAAAACCAAUGAACUUGAAAUGCAGAUGAUGAAAUUAGAUGAGUCUAGUGAGCAGCUUAAAGAAGCAACUGAGAAAAUGAAUACACAGAAUAAAAGGAUUCAAGAAUUAAUGAACAUGGUGGAGCAAAAAGAUGAUGCUAUUAUGAGACUUCAGGAAUUGGUAUCUUGUUUAGAAGAAACCAUAAAAGACUAUGACAGCACUUUAACUACCAUUAAAAGAAACUUGGCAGAAAACAACUCUAACAAAGUGAUUGAAAGCAGACCAUUGACGGAUGGUGAGGAAGCUGUAUUGGAAGUGGGACGAAAACGUUGCUUUGAAAAUAAGCCUCCUGUGGAAAAAGAGCCACCUGCAAAGAAAGGAGAUAUGGAGAGUGGGGAAGAUGACUCGUUAGAGCUACAGAGAACUGAAUAUGUAAAAACAAAUACCUCAAACUAUGCAGAAAUACUAGCACUGAAGGAGAGAACCAAAAUCUUGGAAGGUCAGCUAGCUGCACUUGAAGAACAAUGCAGAAGAGAAAAAAACGAAAAAGAGGAGUUCAGUGGGCAGAUAACAACAUUGUAUCUCAAGCUCUCUGCAUCUGAAGAAAGGGCUUCUGGCUUAAAUGAAGAACUUCAGCAGUGUCAAGCUGACUAUCAAGAGAUUGUUUCUGAAUUGGACAAACAAAAAACUAUAAAUAGGGAACAAGAAGAAAAGGUUAUUCAGCUAAAUAAUGAAGUAGAAAGUGCCAAACAAAAUAUAAUUGAUAAAGUGUCACAAAUCAAAACAAUGCAGUCCAAAGUAGAUGAAUUGUAUAAAUGUCACUUAGAAUCUUAUGCUAUGGAUGUUGAUUUAGUUAAUCUAAAGGGUUCCUUAGACUCUCAAAAACAGGAACCAGAGAGAGCUCAAAUGAGCCCUGUAUGCCUGCAGUCCCAAACUACUUGUAUGGCAGAUCUGCCAUGGGACAGUUCCUUUCAGUGCAGUGUUGAAAGCAUUUGGGAAGAAUGUAAAAUUAUUAUUAAGGUUUCUUUACAAAAAAGUCAGCAGAUUCAAGAACUACUUAAACAAGUUGAAGACUUAAAGAAAGGAAUUGAUGAUGCUGAGAAUUAUAAUAAUCAACUAAAAGUGAAAUUAAAUGAGAUUUCAAAUCAAGAUCAUCAGUCCGUAAAGGAAAAGGAUCUUAUAAAUCGGUUACAAGAGCAAAUUGAUAAGAAAACCCAGGAUUUUGAAAAGCAGGCUGCAGAAGAUCACAGAGUAAUUGCACAGUUUGAGGAGGAAGUUGCCAGCUAUAAGGGAAAAAUAAGGGAGCUUGAAUGCCUCAUGGAGACUUUUAAAGCUAAAGAUGACAGCAUAACAAAGUUGGAAGAAGUACUUAAAGAAAAAGAGUCUAUUAUUUUAAAUCUGGAAAGUAAUGCAGUAGCUCUGCAAGCGAAAUGUGCCACUUCAGACAAAAAAAUGAAAGAAUUAAAUGAUCAAGAGGCAAAUCUGAAGGAGAAAGUUGUGCAGUUGAUUAACAGCUUGGAGAAUAUGAAACACACUCUUCAAGAAAAGGAGAAAAAUGAGCAUGAGCAAAUACAGUCUAUAGAAUUGCUACGUAAAGAUCUUUCUGAGAGGUCUGCCCUUGUAAGGGUUUUGAAGAAAGAUUUACAGAGGAAAGAGGAAGAAUAUACAGAUCUGAAAGAGAAAUUUUCUGAUGCGAAGAAACAAAUUCAGCAAGUACAAAAUGAGGUGUGUACAAUGCGAUCUGAGGAGAAAUCCUUGAGGAACACAGUUAAUGAACUUCAGAAAAUUAAAGAACAGCUUAAUAAAGAAUUAAGAAUCAAACAGCGCACAAUCCUGCAACUUAAAAAGCAGUUGAAUAAUGAGAAGCUGGAAGAAAUCUCCAAACAAUAUGAGAAAACGCGUAAAGAUCUGUGUGCAAAGGAAAAAAUAAUUGAAAACAUGCGGAUGACGUUAGAAGAACAAGAACAGACUCAGAUUGAACAAGAUCAAGUGCUUGAAGCCAAUUUAGAAGACACAAACAGAUUACUUUUGGAACUGGAAGAAUGGAAGCAGAAAUACAAAGCGCUGAAUAACCAGAGCAAUAGCAACUGCCGGAAAAAGAUGAGCAGAAGUGAGGAGGAAUGCAUAAAUCAAAAUGAGGAAUUAAUAAAGCUGCAAAAAGAACUGAAGGAAAAUGAGGCAAAAUAUCAAACGGAUAGAAGGAAGUGGCUGGAGGAGAAAAUGGAACUCCUAAGUAAAGUAAAAGAAGCUGAGAGCCAUUGCAACAGAGAAAUGAGAAAAUUUGCAGAGGAGAGUGAACGUUACGUAGACCAACAAGCAGAAAUUGAAAAACUUGCUGCACAGCUGGUAGAAAAAGACAGCAAUCUUCAAAAGUGGCGUGAAGAAAGAGAUAAAUUAGUAGAAGCUUUGGAAGUACAGCUCACGAUUUUGGCUUCUAAGACCACACAAAAGGAUAAAGAAAUAGCAGAACUGAAACAGGCUGUGCUAAAGGAUUCAGGAGAGGAUAAGGAAACUCAUAUAGAAGAACUAAGAAAACAGCUGGCUGAGAAAGAGAACCUUAUAAAGGAAUUGAAAAAACACGUUAACCAUGGAAGUCUUAAGUCUUUGUCAGAAUUACCUUUACCUGAAGGAGCACAAGAUAAAAUAGAUCAAUCUGUAAACAAAGAGUUUAUGGAAAAACAAAGCAAAACUAAUCCUAUAAUUGGACAAAGUAUGCCAGUAAGACCUGACAAAGUUGAAGAAAAUUAUUCGUUAUCUCGAUGUCUUAAUAGCACCUCUUCAUUAAGUGAGGACUAUUCAGCAGUUGUCCUUGACUCUUCUGAAGUGUCCACAGAAAGUGGAAAAACUAGUCGGUUCCCAAAACCAGAGAUGGAAAUACAGUUCACACCUCUGCAGCCCAAUAAGAUGGAGGUGAAGCACCAGGGUAGCCCCUUACCAGUUACAGUUAAAAUGCUCAAGCCAAGAAAGAAAAGGAAGAGUCAAGAGAUGGAUGAGGAUUUUGUGGAAAAUAAGAACAAGAAAAAUGCAAAACCUGUUAUGACUCACUCGCCUUCUACAAACAACAAGAAAAUGACGUCUACUACACAGCUGUCUAGAAAAAGAUACUCCUUAAGAAAGCAAGAAUCUACUUCAAGUAAAAAGUCAGCUAAGAAGAAAGAUGGAACACUACAAAAAAUUGGGGACUUAUUCCAAAGUUCUCCUAAUAUUAUUCACUCUACAGCAAAGAAGCUGAUUGUGACAAUAAGCUCACCCAAGUCUCCAGAACCAGAAAGUGUCAAAGAAAAGAAGCUCAAGCCAAAACGAGCUAAGAGAAAGCUGUAUUCAACUAACAUUUCUUCCCCUCUAGAUAUCCCCGCUUCUUCGAUCCUUACAGAACAAAAAGAGAAGGAAAGUGAUCACCAAAUCAUCAAGCGACAGCUACGAUCAAAACCACCUAAAUAA